UGCAUUUCACACGUGGCAUCGUCCUAUUCACCCUUACGAAUUCCCACGGCCCCAUCAGCGACACAUAUGACGGUUUUCCUACCGGGAGUGACAGACAGGAUUGAGAGAGAGAGGAAAUGGCUGGUAUUGGUUGCUGCUGUUCAUCUCCUUCUUCUCGGAGCAUUUUAGGCUCGUCUUCUUUGGUAUUUGAGACUCAUCCAGGAAGGACCCUCCUCCGAAAAACAAUUCAUCGCAGAACUUUAUAUGUCAAAGCCGAAGUAGAUUUUGUAAAUGCUGAAGAAGCAACCAAACUUGUUACACAAGGAUACACAGUUCUUGAUGUGCGUGACAGAACUCAAUUUGAACGAGCACAUAUAAAAGCAUGUAAACAUGUACCCCUUUUUAUCGAGAAUAAGGACAAUGACCCAGGCACGAUUAUAAAGAGGCAGCUUCACAACAAUUUUUCUGGUCUUUUUUAUGGCCUUCCAUUUACCAAACCCAAUCCUGAGUUUGUGCAAUCUGUAAAGAGCCAGUUCUCGCCUGACAGUAAAGUGUUGGUUGUCUGUCAGGAAGGCUUGAGGUCUGCUGCUGCCGCUCAGAAGUUAGAUGCAUCUGGAUUUCAGAAUGUAGCUUGUAUCACAUCUGGGCUGCAAUCUGUGAAGCCAGGAUCAUUUGAUUCCGUUGGUUCCACUGAGCUGCAAAAUGCAGGGAAAGCAGGUCUGGUCACAGUCCAAGGAAAAAUAUCAGCAGUACUUGGGACUGUACUUAUUUGUGCAUACCUUUUUAUAACUUUCUUUCCUGAUCAAGCAGAACAGAUCCUUGCAUUGUUCCCUUCAGCCUAGCUAGUUAUUUUAUUUUUGCAGCUUGGUGUUAAUCUGUUUUUGUAAUUUAGUAAUUAAAAUGACUAAUUUGUCAUCCCUUGAGGAAUGAAGAGUAGGAAAUUGCAUAAAAUAUAGUAAUUGGUACUUGUUUUGUGUUUAUGAUAUUGAUUUUUUUUUUUAAA